UCACAAGAAGUAAAACUCUCGGACGUUUUCCGAUCUCCUGCAGUUUCAAACCCGUCCUCACACUGUCGAAAGUUCACAGAACCGCGAAAUCCUCAAGUUCCCCCCUUUUUUCACUUUUUAAAAUCACUUAUAUCUUCGCUGUUUAUUUCCUUAUUUAUAUCCGUCGUUAUUUUUGGAGAAAACAACAUUUCUUUUCAGCAAAUUCUUUUCCUCAAUAAUAUUGUUUAUAAAGGUUUAAAUAUAGUAAUUGAAAUAAAAAAUAACCACAGAAAAACAGUCGAAAAGGGUAAAUAUUUGGAUUAUUGGAAUGUUGGAAGAAAAACACAAUAAAUAGUGGUGACUUGAAAAAAAUAGAAGAAAGUGUGAAAGAAAAUUGUUGUUCAGUAAAAAGAGGAUUAUUAUUCAUUUUUUUUGUUUUGAAAUUGUGAAAAAUAAUUCGUGUUACAAUAAUGAAGCGAAAAUACGUGUUGUGCUUCUUGUGGACGUUGUUAGUUUUGCACACCGAUUAUACAUUCGGAGAAGCGAAUCCUGCGAAUUUACCCGCUUCGGAUUUAUCGCAACUGCACAAUUUUCAGAAUGCAGACCCAGCGGAUCAAAGGCCGCGGUUGUCGGUUCAACAACAAGCCCACAUUUUAAGUGACGUUCAACAACAUCAGCAGCAGUACACUGACACAGAAACUGACAGUCCAUCGGUGAAUCCCUAUUCAACAUCUUCGCUAUCUGAUUUACCAACACCGCCAACAACAUCCUACGCUUCCCUAUCGAAGUACAAAGUCGACAGAGCGAAACAACAGUACCAACUGCAGCAGCAACUUCAUCGACUACAGCAAAGAAUCUACCAACAACAACAACAUCUCAAUCAGCAACUAAGUAAAAGUUAUCUAGACACCGCUCAAAGUCAAUACACUCCGAUAAUCAAAUCCAACCAAUAUCAACAACCACGCUUCAAUAGUCAAUAUCAGUCCCUCUCCCCCAAUUACGUUCGUGACGAUCUCAAUCAACCAUUCUUCAGCGAUCAACAAACCCUCCAACUGCAAAACUAUUUCGAACAACAGAGACAAUUGGAAAUUCUCCAAAGACAACGGGAACAACUACUACUUCAACAGCAGGACUUGAGAAGGCAACAGGAGCUACUGAAAUUGGAACAACUUCAGAGACUCGCUGCUGCAACAUCAACAACAACAACUACUACCACAACUCUGCCACCUACUACAAAUCCUCCAAUCACGUCGACGAAUUCGCCACUACUCUUGUCGUCACCAACAGCCAGAAGGAUAACACCUGCCGAAAGUGAAUUGUUCUUAAAAGCAAUUGCGACACAUCAGAAGAAAUUCACCUCCAGUUCUCCGUCGACGACACAGAAGCCCUCGAGUGGAAAGACGAGACAGGAACGGGUUCGAUUGAUCGAUUCGGAGAAUCUCAAUCAGGAUGCACUCUUGUCCCUUCUGCAGGGUCAAUCCGAGAAGGGAAAAUCGCAAGUCAAGUUUAUCUAUCAGGACCAACAGCAGCCUAACUCUGAUAGAGACGCUUUGCUGAGGCAAUUGAAACAGGUUCUUUCCAAGUCUAAUGAACUCGAGGAUGAGAGGAACGUUACUACAAGGGAAAUAGUCUUGUCGAAUGGAAAGAAAGUUCGAGUAAUUAACGCCGGCGGUUCUCCAUCAUCAGUGACAACCAUAAAACCACCAAAAGCAAUUCUGGAAGAAUUGACUAAAGGCGUUCUGCCGCCAGGAGCCGAUUUCGAAGUAAUUAGACAUAAAGAAGAUGGAAAACUCGAAGAGGUUGGAAAAAUUCCACUCUCUAGUCUUCCGGCAAAGAAAGUGACAUUUGUGGUUUUAGAGGAGCAAUCCGACGGAAGUUACAAAAUCCAAGGGGUGAAAGGUAACGCCGAAAAGGAAAGUACCGUCGACGUUCAAUCAAUCGUCGACAGAAUCAAAAAAGGCGAACUCAAAUUACCCCCGAGUUCACUGAAUCCCUCAACGUCACUUCCUGUUAGUCAUUCUACUCGCCAUGCAACCAAUCAGCCCAACAAUCCAACAACAACCUCGACUAAUAAAUUCGAAACAAGUUACGCAUCUACCGAGAGGCCCAGAUACUCCACAACGUCCUACAGACGAUCAUCCAGUAAAUCAUCGACGGAAAACAUUCCCCACGUGACGGUAUCGCCAAACUCGGUCUCAUCGACAGAUAAGUAUGUGACAUCAGCGUCAUCAUUUACUGGUCACGUUUACAAUAAUAUUGAUGAUGACUCUGAUGAUUCAAGGCCAAAUAGUUACUCGAACACAGGGAGAACACCAUUCGUUCCCACGAUAUUGCCAACGCCAACGAUAAAUGGUGUUAGUGGUGGAUCAACGACGGAGAGAUCAUUCUCGACAACCUACAACAAGCAACAUGCUUCUCAAUCGACAGCGACAGUGGCGUCGUCACCAACCCCGAGGUCGAUAUCGAGUACGGCCAAAUCAAUUUCUCCCAGUACACUAUCGGGAAAUAUUAUUCAUCAAGAUAGUUACGAGAGGAGUACAUCAUUACCGGCCACAGUUAUUGCACCAUCGUCACCGCCCUCAUCUCCAGAGAGUCUCAAUGUUCUGCUCAGAAGAGAGGGACUCUUUGCCAUGGCUAAAUAUUUGAGGCAAUCUGGAUUGGAUAAUGUAUUAAAUGAGACUGGACCAUACACGAUAUUUGUUCCAACUGACAAAGCCUUCAGGACACUCUUGGUACAAUUAGGAGGUCCUGAAAAGGCCGAUCAAAAAUUCAAAGACAACCCUCGACUUCUUAGUGGUUUACUGUUGCAUCACGUGAUACCAGGUGCUUUUAAAAUCAAUACAUUGUUGGACGAAAUGACCGGUGUUAGUUUAGCGGGAACACAACUUCGCGUAAAUGUUUAUUCAAUGCAUGAUCAUGAGUGGAACGACGUCAAAGUAACCACGAUCAAUGGGGCGAGAGUUGCACCCAAUAAGCGAGACAUCGAAAUUCCUCAAGGUAUUGCUCACGCCAUCGACAGAGUUAUGUUCCCACUUCCGGUGGGAGAUUUAAUGCAGACAUUACAGGCUGAUCGUGAACGAAGGUUUACUACUUUCAUCAAGCUUUUACACUCUUCUGGUUUAGAUGAAAUGCUUUCUGGACCUAAAACCUAUACAGUUUUUGCACCGACGGACGCGGCUUUUGCGGAAGCAGUGACGAAAACUGGCAGCGCUUUAUGGAGAGAAUCUGAUGGACCAGAUGCUGCAAAAGAAAUAGUUACGAGGCAUAUAAUUCCUACGACUCUGUACACGGCAGGAAUGAGGUUUUAUCAUCAAAAAGAAACGCUUCGCGAAAAAACACCGCCAAUUCACAUUCAAAAAACCGGUGGGCGAAUUCGAGUAAAUGAGGCUCAUAUGAUAACGUACAAUGUGCCAGCUACAAAUGGAGUUUUACACGCAAUUGACACAGUUUUGUAAAACGAAGG